UGACAGUUAAUAAUUUACAUAACCUCGAGAUUUCAAAGCCAAACAUGUCAAAGUUGUUUUUAUAUGAAACCGGAGUUUAGAUUUCACACAGUUACGUUCUUAAAAUAUAAUUAAUUAAGAUGUUGCAUACACUACGUUAUAAAUCUUUUGGUGUAGUAACUCCGAAAACUUUCAUCCCGAGAAAUAACCAAGUAAGAUGUUUUUGGGAGUACGUCAACAUGAUGUUCAAUAAACCGGACACGGAUCGCAUUAAAAAAUUUGGCCCAGAUCGUGCGUGUGCUGAAUGGGUGCUAAGAAACGGUGGCAAAAUUGUCUGGGUCAAUGGAUCAACAAUAAGGGAUUAUAAUUUAUUGCCACCGGAAUCAUUAGGUGUUCCUAAAGUAUUGGAAAUUGAUGGGUCAGACUCUUCCAUAUCACAUUAUGGAUUUCCUCACUUAAUGGGAUGUACAAAGUUGACAAAAAUUACUCUCCACAAUGAUGACUACAUUGAUGACAGAGCUAUAAAAGGCCUUGCCUAUGGAAAAAGCACCUUAACACAUGUUCAAGUGUCCAAGUGUGUCAAUGUUACUGAUGCUGGAUUGAAAGAAAUAAAGGCACUUAGGAAGCUACAACACUUAGUUCUUUAUGGGUUGAUAAGUGUAGAAAACAUGGAAGAAUGUAAACUGGUCAUUCAGGCACAUUUACCUAAGUGCAAAAUCGAAGAUGGUGGAGUAAAAGAGAAAAUUAAAUGAGUACUAUGUAUGUAGAUCAAAAAUAAUCACAAAAUAAUAAUAUUUAAUUUGCUUCUCAAUAAUAAUUAGUGAGCAGAAUUACAAAAAUAUCAUAAUUUAACUAAACUAAACACUACUUAGAUAUCAAUACUAACAAUACAAAACAAUCAUGUCUAUACAGCAAAUUAUCUUGCAAGUGGAGUAUAUUAAUCAAUUGAAAAUAGAAACAGUUUUAAUGAAAUCAAUUUGUCAGAUGCCAAUUAAAAACUAUC